UGGUUGGUCAAUGGAAUGUUCUCUGCUUUUGACGAUGUUGUCACCAAGAACGUCAAGGUGGAAAUGAAAGGCCUGAGAGCAGAGGAUUCUGGGAUAUAUUGGUGUGGAUUUGACAGAAGAUGGAAACCGGCCAACUACGCAAGGGUCAUCUUGUCUGUGGCAUCCUCUUCAUCAUCAUCAUCAUCAGCAUCAUCAGCAGCAUCAGCAUCAUCAGCAGCAACAGCAUCUUCAUCAUCAAGAGCAGCAACAAAAUCACAAUCAUUACCAACAAAUGCUUCAUCUGGCUCAGAUCUGGUCACCCCAGUAUCUGUAAUUGGAACAGUACUGAUCAUCAUCAUCAUCAUCAUCAUAGUCAUCAUCGUCAUCAUCAUCAUCUGGAGACGCAAGAGAAAGGUGACACAAGCGUCUCAGUCAGCAGGAACCCCAGCUGUGGGAGAGACUGCAGCAGGCAUGCAGUUCCUCAGCCCAGAAGUGGACUAUGAGGAGAUUAAUCCCACCAGUCACCCUGUUUACCCUGACAAUCCCCAGUCUGUAGACAACGAUCUUUAUACCAUGGCUCAAUUACCCACAACCCCCUCUGAUGACCCAUGCUUCACCGGUGUCCAGAAGUCAUCGCCACCUGCUGACUCUUUGCCCUACGCUACAGUCAGUUUCCAACGUUGCCCAGACGUUUCAGAUGCAUCCUGUGCUGUUAUCAGAGACGUUGAUGAUGGUCUGUGUGACUAUACCACUGUCAAGAAACCUGCCAAACCUGACUAAACCACUAAGGGAAAGCUGCAGCCAUAAAUUCAACAAGCAGCAGAAUACAUACUAUACCUAAACAAUUUAUGGUCAUGUUCAAUUGAUUUCACUUAUUUUCAAAUUGUGUGUUGGAAGGAAUGUGCACUGCAACUGUCUCAUGUUUAUGUUUGUAGGUAAUACAAAUGAACAGCGUAUUACAGUUUUCUCAUUUCUCUAAUCAAUUAAAUUCGUCAUAAUAGCUCAAUCUUUAUAUAUUUUAGCUACAUCUAAAAGUGCUUUCGGACACCCAUACAAUUGGCUGUGUUCAAAUGCUAAUGUUGUUUUUACAUCAUCAGUGACUAAUGUCAAAAUGCAUGACACCUCAGUUGAAUUGUCCUCACCCCAUAAAACAUUUAUUAGGCAUUAGUUCAUUGUGUCAUUAAAUGCCAUUGAAUUGUCCAUUUCUAUUACAUCUCCUUGGAGAGAACUGCUAAACCUUCCUGAUGAACUUACUGUAUGAACCUGUCCUUUCUUUUCCUCUGUGGCAAUAAAUUAUGUCAUCUGGCUACAAUCUGGAGUGCGAACAGGAUUGUGUUCUGUAUUAUAUAAAUAUAUAGAUACAAAUAUGAAUCAUAUGAUCUCUUUUUUACUGUUGAAAUU